AUGGCAGUUCGGCCGGGAGAGGAGAACGUUGCGACCCUCUUUGGGGACAUUCACUAUUUCUAUGGCCCGCCGACUGCCAACCCACCGCAUCAUCGGUUCGAUAAGGGAUCUUACAUUUAUCUGUUCGAAAACGCGAAUGAUCGGAGGGCGCGUAUCGAGGUUGCGAACCAGCCCGGCACCGAGGACCAAGAUGCAUUCGAUGGAUUUCUUGACAACACUCGAGUGAGAUACUCGUACAACCAACAAUGCCUCGUUACCAUUACCGUGGACGGUAUCCCCGGUGCGCCGGUAGACCCAAGUCAGUGGCACUUACCGACAUACGACCCUCGAAAUGAAAAUAAAUACCACUACAAGCUUCACUCGCUUGACAUCUACUUCUGGACUCAAACCGACGCCUUGCAGUUCGUCAACGGCAUCCGCCGCGUCUUACCUCAAGCUCAAGUUGAAGUCCUAGACGAGCCCGGCCCACCAGCACAUUCGCCGCACCACGCUGGCAGCUAUCACCACCAGGAGCUGAAUCCUCUGGUUCAGAAGCUCGAAAACGCUGCUAUAUCCGACCCGCCUUACAGCACGCCCAAGCCGUCAUCACAAAGCGGCGUACCCUCGUUCGACCCCCCCCCUAUCUCCGCUGUACACGGGGCCUCUGAUUCACCACAAAGCUUCGCCCCCAUGGCGUACAAUCCCGCCGCACCCGCGGCCCCAGAGCAGAUCCGCCACCGAGAGAAGACCCCUCCACCGCCCGAAGACGACGGCCUUGACCCCCUCCAAGCAGCCGUAGCUCGGGACCACGCACCGGCCUACGCCUCGGGCUUCGGCCCCAACGGCCCCUUGAGCCCUGGCUUCCCCGGUCCUCCCGGCCCUCCCACGGGGGCUCACCCUUCCGUAACCAGUCCGGGCUUCCCACCCUCCCAACACACUGCCCUUGCCAGCCCGGGUUUCCCCUUUGCUCAACACCCCUCCAUAGCGAGCCCCGGCUUCCCACCUUCCCAGUUCGGCAACCUCCAGCGCUCGGCCACCAUGCCGGGGACAGCGGCUCUCGGCUCCCCCGGGCUUGCAUCUCCUUAUGGGUCGAACUUCCCGGUCUCGCCGGGCUUUGCGCCCCACCAGCCAACCCCCCCGCCGGGGAGUCAGGGACUGGCUAGUCCCGGGUUGCCGCCUCCGGGGGGUUAUUCGCAGUAUAAUUACGGGAACCCGGGCGCGACGCCGCAAGGGGGAAGUCAAUAUGGAAUACAUCAGCAGGUGUAUCUUCAGACGCAGGGGAAGCAAGCGGCGCAGGCUGUGCAAUAUAAGCCCAAGCAGGAGGGGAGGAGUAAGUUGGGGGAUAAUGCGGAUAGGCUUGAGAGGGGGGUUACGGGGAUGUUGAAGAAGUUUGAGAAAAAGUUUGGAUAA